GCGGCGGCGCGCGGGGGGCGCGUCCCGGGCCGGGCGAGCCGCAGGGGCCGCGCCUGGGGCAGCUUCGGGGCUGCGCAGCGCGGGGGCGGCCGGGCGGGCUGGGGCAGGAGAGAGUCCCGCUGACACGGCUGUGGAUCAGCCUCCGGGGAAUCUCGUGCGGGUCCUGUUCCUCUCCAGGACUCCUUUUGAUGCUGUUCCUUCCCGGCAGUGCCGCCCCGCGCUCGGUGGGAGCUGCCCCAGCCCUGCCUGCCCUUGGCUCUGCGCUGGGGAGAGACACCUGCUCAGCACAGACCGCGCGGAGCACAGGGCCGUCCCACCGCCAGAGAACGAGCCCUGUCUGGGGAACACUGAAUAAAAACAUGCUCUGGAGGGACAUUCCAUCUAACUUUCAAACGAAUGCAAUUACUCAGAUGAAACCUAACUCUACUUUAGCGUAAAUCAGAAGUAUUCCACUUCUGUAAUAGUAACCAUUUCUUCUGUUGAUGUCGGGGUUUAGAUUUCUUUUUUUAUUUAAUUUCUCUUUUUUUUUUUAAAUGAGAGCGAGGCCAUAGCUGGCGUCCCGAGCUGUGGAUGAUCCCCAGCCCAUCCCAGUAAACCAUGGCAUACCAGCUGUACAGGAACACCACGCUGGGGAACAGCCUGCAGGAGAGUCUGGAUGAGCUCAUACAGUCACAACAAAUCACGCCUCAGCUGGCCCUUCAGGUGCUACUUCAGUUUGAUAAAGCUAUAAAUUCGGCACUGGCACAACGAGUCAGGAACAGAGUCAAUUUCAGGGGGUCUCUGAAUACGUACAGGUUCUGUGACAACGUAUGGACGUUUGUACUGAAUGAUGUUGAAUUUAGGGAGGUCACUGAACUUGUGAAAGUGGAUAAAGUGAAAAUUGUAGCAUGUGAUGGAAAAAACACUGGUUCCAAUACUGCGGAAUGAAUAGAACUGUGGUUUAUCUGCAAUAUUUUCUGUUAAUAUGCAGCACUUUCUGGAAAGAAGCAUGGAAAGGGACUGUGUUUGUAUGUAAUUCUUGUGAUGCAGAUGCGAGUUAAUCCAAUCUAGACAGCAUCACAGAAUGGCAGUGGAAGAAAUACCUGUAGCAUUUCUUCGGUUCACCUUCUAGAGCAUGAAUACUAUGUUACUUUUUUUUUUUUAAAUUUACAACAGAUACUGUUGCCUUUUUUGUUCAAAAUAAUUUCUGUAAUAAACUUUUAUUUAAAAAGU